AUGGCGGCCGAAUUGUCCAUUUUAGCAAGUUCGUUUCUGGAGACGAAACCCGAGAGUUAUACAGCCUUUUUUCUUGAAUGCAUAGAAUCAAAACAGCACCUUAAUUUAGAGAAAAUUCCGGAUGGCUGGAUAGGAAAAGUCAAUAGUCUUCUUAAUUCAAAGACUGACUGUUGGUUAGGUGUUUGUCUACUUGGAAUAACAGUUGAACAAUGUGAUACAGAAGCCUUCAGGACAAAUUGUUCAUCAUGGCUAAGAGGUCUUCUCCAGAUAAUUCAGACAUCAAAAAAAUCAAGUGUCCUUCAGUAUUGCAGCAAGAUCCUUGAUAACAUUUUAAAACAUGCAGCAGAGUUUUCAGAAUUAUCAAGAGAGUUGUCUAACUCAGUCCUUCCAUCCAUCAUUUCAACCUUGUUGGCCAACAAAUGUUCAGACGAGAGCUCAGUGUUGUUGAUGCUAUCUUCAUGUAUUCGCUAUUUCCCAGGACCUUCAGGACCCUCCAGGAAUCAAAUUGAGAAAUUUAUUUUACCACCUUUAAAUUCAUUCUGCAAUGAAACAAUGAAGGCUGCAUGCAAUUGCUACGCCUUGUUACCAAGAUGUAGUCGCAGUGGGUCAGGUGACAAGCAACAGCUGUGUCCUUGGAAUAUACAAUGGAACAAAGUGCUUUGUACAAUUCAUAAACUCCUUGAUAGCGCCUACGAAAAUGUUGAGCCAGUUGCCAACAAACCCUCCCAAGACUCAGAAAAUGAAUCCCUUCCACUUGGUGAUGUUCCAGCCACAGAACCAGACCGAACACACACUCUCGUCAUAAGGUUGAAUUCAUUGCUUCACCUCCUCUCAGGAAUGAUAAGGGAAGAACAUCUAAAAGUUGUGGCAGUUCCUAUUGAUUCUACAAUGAACCUUUUAGCUAGAAUAAUGAAUGUGACCUGCAACUCACUGAAAAGUGCUGUUGUUGUGGAAUCAGUGUUGUUGAGAGCAAGUUUACCAUUAAUUCAUACAAAUGCUGUAGAUUUGUUAACCACACUUAUCACAAGGUGUAGAAAUGUGAUGCUUCCAUAUUGUGACUUGUUGAUAAAGCUUCUGGUGCAAGAGCUUACAUGGACUAAAACUCAAGACCCUGCUUAUGGCUUCAACAAACCAUACAGGAAAUUGAGGUGUUCUGUGUAUCACUGCAUGGAGCACUGGGUUCAACUGACAAAUAGCCUGCCUGAGGAGGGUAGUGUGGGGAACAAAUUGAUGUCACUCAUACUUGAUGACAUUAGGCCAUUAACUUCUCAAACAAAGUUGAUACCAAAUCCUAGCUGUGGAAAUAAACAGCAGUCAAGAAAGGGGAAGAAGAGGAAAAUGCAAGAGGAUGUUGAGCAGUUACUUACAGGUCAACAAAAGAUUGAUGAAAAUGCAAAUGAGAGUGUUACAUGCAGAGCACUCAAAGCCUUAUGUGCAGUAUUGAUUGCAGUUGGGAGUGACAUUCCUCACAGUGCAUUAAGGGAAGUGCAAGUUGUCAUUGUCAAACUGAUCAUUCAAUGUCAGCAGUCUUCAUUCAAUGGUUUCCCCAUACCUUACACAAGUGCAUAUUGUCGACAGGCAUUGUAUCAUGCUCUACUUAAUUGUCUGCUCACUAACUCUCCUUGUGUUCCACCACCUGUGCAUCAUGCUGCAAGAUUGUUUAGUUUAGGACUGCAGGAUAGUGAUUUUAAGGUAUCAAGUUUCUGCCAAGAGGCCUUAGCUGUAGUUAAUACCAUCAUUCACCCACGGAUAUUCCCACAAGUGUGUUCUGCACUAGGGCCUUUACAGCUUAACACCUCUGAGGAGCAUGCAAAUACAACAGAAAUGGCCUCUUCAAUUACAUUUGAGCAUGUUAUGAAUACAAACUGGCAAAGUCUGAGCGGGGAAUCUGAAAGCAAUAAUGGAAAUCAUGCUGAUUAUUUAUGGACAAACCAAAUCCCUAUGGAGCAAGGGGAAUUUGGAGCUAGAGAAGGGGGAAGUAUGGACAACAGUUUUGUUAUAGAUGUCGGGAAUCAAACAGUACAAGAGUCUAUACAGAAUGAAACAUCUUUUAAUCAAUCUGAUAAGUCUUUUACUAGUAAGAGUGAUAGGGAAAGCCAAGGUAACAGUGGAAUAGAUAAAUCACUUGCUGAUGCAGGAAACACAGCCAGCCAGAUCUCAACCCAACCUCAGAACAAUGAGUCAGGUCAAACUGUCUUAUCAGAAACAUUGCCUGAUGAAGACUUUGGACCUUCUCCACAGUAUGCUAGAAUAUUUGAGCCCAAGAGAAGGAAAACUGAUACUGAUAAUUGCAGUUCAAAGGAGAGAAUUUUAAUCAACAACAACAGUACAUUGCCCACAGCAAAUAAAGAUGAACUCACAGAAAGUGUUGCAAACAGUGAUAAUACCUCCUUAAAUGAGGAGAAUGAAAAUGAUGAAACUGCCCAGAUGUUAGCUGCAUUUGUAGACUCGUACCCAGACUCUGAUGAGCAAGAAUUUUCAUGAGUGUUGCAUUCAUGUGCCUCCCUAGAAGACCCAGUUAGGCUAACUGUACCUCUACACAAGAAUCAUAUGUGCAGAAACAGCAGAAUACAUCAGAAACUCAAAUGAAAUUUAAUAAAGGAAGCUGACUUCAGUUUACUACACCAACAGAAUACAUGCUCAAGCUGUGUAAUGGAGCAAAAUUAAAACCUUGAUGACAUUUAGU